CCGAAAAGAUAAUCCGAAACCUGCAGCAUCGAAGAGGAACGAUAAAGAGAUAGUAAAAAGAGAGAAUGAGAGAAAGAGAGAAUGCUUGUGAAUGUAUUCGCGCGCGUACACUUUGCUUCGUUAAACCGAUAAAGCGUCGUCUAUAAUCCGAUACGUCAAACGCAUUUAAACCGCUCACUCGCCGUGACGGCCGUUCGGCUCAACGACAUAACGCUUAUAUCUAUGGUCCAAUCAUUGGCCACUAUUUAGACGUAACCCAAAUAUAAUGCGCCAGAUUGAAUUUCGCUAAUCAAAUUUUCAUCUCGUUGACCGCGACUACAAAAGCAUAAAUGUCGUUCUGACUUUUAUUGUUUUAUCUGAUUUGAUACAGAUGUGAGGAAUGAUCACGUGGGUGAUGGUCGGGCUGCUCCUGGCUGCGGAAACUUGCGGCAGAAACGUCCAAUCUGGAAACGGGAAAGAAGAGACGAAACAGAAGAACGGCCUGAAGGGAAUAGCCACGGAUGAGGAAGACAUCUAUCGUCUAACGUGCUACACUUGCGUCAACGUCAGCGACAACCAGAUGUGCAACGAAUGGGCGAUAGAUACACCAUGUCCGGCGGGCGGCCGUGACUUCUGCCGAUCCCUGCACAUUUUGGAUAGUCGAGGGAACAGCGUCUUGGUGAGCAAAAGCUGUGCAAGUAGCGCGGAAUGCGGCCCAUCCUCCGUCGGUUGUAUUCCGGUAGACACGCAGCAGAUCUGCAUAAGUUGCUGCGAUCUGAGUUACUGCAACAUCGAAUCACCGACAAACUCGACGAAUGCGAUCUAUUCUCGCAAACGACGGGCCAAAUCGAAAUCGAAACGCAAACGACCUGGUAGAAACGGAGUCGAAGGUACAGACUUCAAGUUCUACGGGUCCGGAGUGUUCUGGCUCUUAGCCUCGAUCUUCUAUGCAUAUCAUUGCUGAGAAAGGAGAGAAAACAUCGCCGCAACCAACUACGAAUUGUCAAAGUCUCUAUUUGAUUAUCCUUCGGAGGAAGAUUAUUAACGCGUAUACGUGGAUAUCUUUUUUCUUCGAAAACCAAAAAAAAAAAAAAAAAAAAAAGAAAAGAAAAGAAAAGAAAAGAAAAUAAUAAAAAUUUCAUCGUCAUCGUCAUCGUCCUUUACCUCGAUUUUUCGCGCGGAUCAUCGCGAAAUCUUUUUCGCGUCACAAAUAUUCCGAGGGACAUUUUUGUCCGAUAAAGAAAAACAGAAAAUAAAGAAACGAAGAGAGAAAAGGGAAAAAAGAAAAUCAACAAAAAAAAAUAAAUAAAUAAAUAAAUAAAUAAAUAAACAAAUAAAGAUAGAAAGAAGAAAAUAACGAGACACGCACACAUACACGCAAACUCCUCGUGUACGUAAACAUAUCCCAAACACGAUUUUUUCGUGCGCGACGGUCCAUCGCGAGCGCGACCUUGAGCUCGCUCGAUGUGUUCACAUCAUCCCCGAAUAUUAUAUUAUAUAUAUAUAUAUAUUAAUAUAUUAUAUUAUGUAUAUACGUAUCCUAAAAGCUCCUAAACGAUUCUCUACGAUCACGAUAUAUCUCACAUGCUUCGAUAUAUAUCGAACGGUCCAAUUUUUCUGUGCUUCGUCUUUUUCCCUCUUUUUUUCAGAAAAACACGCAUAUAUACACGCAUACAAAGACACACAUGUUAUUCCCAACGAAAAACUUCUUUUCUCGAGCGAAUGAAGAAUGUCGAUUUUUUCGCGUGGAAAUUAUGCGAACGACGAUCUAUCUAUGCUCCACCGAUAAUCGAAUAUGUAUACAAUAAAGAAGCCUGCUCCGGCUAUCCUUAGUUUUCUACUUUGUCCGUGAAAAGAAUGUGAAAAAAAAAGAGGAAGAGAAAAAGAGAGAGAGAGAGAGAGAGAGAGAGAGAGAGAGA